CGAACGAGAUUCGCAAAAAAGACACGAGAUGGCGGUAACGGAGUACUAAUGUCGCCUCCAUGUCACUAUCGUUGGAACGGUUGUGAUCGAAUAUAACAACAAUAACAACAACAUGAACUCUGCGAGCAAGGUGGGUGAAAUCUUCACCGCAGCUGGUGUGGCCUUUAACAAGCUGGGUGAACUCACAAUGCAGCUGCAUCCAACGUCAGACUCGCUGGCAGGUAAAUGGACUGAGGAGGACAUUGAGAUGCUCCGUCACUCAGUAAGGGCUUUCAGCGAAGAGUUGAACAGAAUAAGCGAGCACAUCAAGAGUCGGACGGUUUCUCAGAUACGGACCACCCUGAAGAAAAAGGCGUUCGAAGAAGCCGGAAUAUCCGUCAGGCAACAACAGAUUCUUCCUCAGCAAGCACAACAAUCGACAUUAGUUCAGCAACAGGUCGUUAAGCAGCAGUCCACAUCGGGAAAUCAAAGUCUAAUAGGAAAAUCAGCGGAAGUAACGCUCAAUAUGCUGAACGCACCUGAGACGGAAGUGGAUGUCGAGGGACUUCCCGAGGAAUGUCAAGUGAAACUUGAAUUCGAAGAAGGCGCUACCGAGGAAGUUACUGGUUAGCUUUAUAUAGUUAACUUAUUAAUUAAGUUAACUGAGUAAACAGCUAAGGACUUGACUAUACCAAGUUUUCUAUCAUCUGAUUGUUCAUUGAUGGUUCGAAUUUUAACUAGUUUUAAGUAUCUCGAUCGCAUAUAAGCUCAUAAGUUACCUUUUUACAAUAAAUGUAUAAAAAUCUAA